ACUGCUUUUGGGCUUCGCAGUUCUUAACGAGGUGCCGUCUGGCUGCUUUAUCGUUCACACACAAGUCAUAGGCAUGGAAAUAUGGCUGCCGCAACCGCAGAAAACGGGGCUCGCCAUAUUCUUGAAAUCGCAGAAGGCUUUAUGAAGUCACAGGUUCUGUUUACCGGUAUGAAAUUGGGCAUAUUUGACCUUCUGGGCACGUCAUCGGCUCCUAUGACAACUAUGGGGAUAGCUGAAGGCAUUGGAGCUGACACGGACGCCACCAAGCGGCUGCUUGACGCAUGUGUAGGCCUGAGGCUGUUACAGAAAGUAAACAUGGACAAAGAAACAGGUAAUGGUGAAUAUCAGCUCACCAAGGCCAGCAAGGCGUUCCUAACAUCAUCAAGCUCGCCAAACCUGGGAGACUGGUUAGGUCGUUUGGCGGCAGUAUACAGCUCUCCUUGGGCUGACCUUCCGAGGGCAGUAAAAGAAGGACCCAACUUCUGUACUCUUAACGGAUUUGAGCGGGGCAAAACCUUCGAGGAUCUUUACAGCACUGCACAAUACUUUAUGGGUUCGAUGGAAGGUCUAACGACUGUCUUUGGUGCUGGUACCGCUUCAGCCUUCAACCUCGCUGAGUUUCAGAACAUUUGUGACAUUGGAGGCUGUACCGGACCUCUUGCAUACCACCUCGCUGCAGCCUACCCAGAAGCCUCCGUCUCAGUAUUUGACCUGCCUGAAGUUGUGAAGAUUGCAGAGGACAGAAGGCCUACUGGCGAAUAUGCUCAACGGGUUUCUUUCAUUUCAGGGGACUUUUUCCAAGACCCUCUCCCGCCGGCUGACCUGUACGUGGUGUGUCGGAUUCUUCACGACUGGACUGAAGAUAAGGUCCUGACACUGCUGACCAAGCUGUACGACAGUCUUCCUCAGGGAGGAGGUGUGCUGAUCGUUGAACACAUCCUGACCAAUGACAAGUUAGGUCCAGAGGUGGCUCACAAGUACGAUCUUCACAUGAUGGUGUGUACGGGUGGCAGACAGCGCUCUGGACAAGAGUUCAAACGCCUGCUCAGCUCAGUCGGUUUCACCGAGGUGACUGUCAAGAACAACACUUAUCCAUUCGGAUACGUACUUGCACGCAAACAACGUGUGUAGCAAACUAGUCCACCGGAUAAUUUACAUGUCGACGAAGACUGAACUCAACUUAGCAAACUAUGGGUUAUCAUAAAGCAUGAAUAGGCUCUGAAUAGAUUGUGAUAUUUAGUUGCGAUAAUUUCUCAUUGGAUGAUUAAAAACACUGAUUUCAAAGUUACAGUUGGAGUCAUGAACGAGAAACCGAUUAUGUCAAUGUAUGUCAUACCUCAGUAAAAUAUCUUUUUAUUCCGAA